ACCUCAUAGCCCCAUUUCACAGAAACCCGCCUGGCGACGACGAUGAGUGCGUUCUCUGAACAGGAUCUACUUUGUCCUCGGUGCUCUGAGAUUUAUUGCCUUCCCGUUCUUUUAAAAUGUGGCCACAACGUGUGCAAGGUUUGCUUACACAAAUACUGGGAAGAGAAAGGAACUCGGGAAUGCCCCGUGUGUUUUGUCGUGUCUGUCCUCGGGAGGCCUCCGAUCAAUCUGGCUCUGAAGAUCGCUGCAGACGAAUAUGUGCAAAGGACCUAUAUGAAUCUUGACUUUUGUGUUCACCAUGACGAGAAACUGAAGAUUUUCUGUCAGGAAGACGAAGAGCCCAUCUGUCUGAUCUGCCAAAUAUCACAACAGCACAAACUGCAUAGAUGCUGUCCCAUAGAGGAGGCGACUCAGCAGAGAAAGAGAGAAAUUUCAUUGAUGCUGGAGCUUUUAAAGAAAAAACUAGAAUCGCUGAACACGGCUAAGCAACUUUGGGAGGAGACUAAAACCUACAUACAGACCCAAACCUCAGAGAACGAGAAAGUGAUAAAAGAGGAGUUCGAGAAGCUGCACCUGUUCCUUCGGGAAGAAGAAAAGCUCAGACUGAAGAUUCUUAGACAGGAAGAAGUAGUAAAGAGCCAGGUGUUGUCUGAGAAACUGGAAACCAUCAAAGACCAGCUUAACACCCUGCGUUCCACUAUCAGUGAUACAGAGAGAUCCCUCCGGCUGAGCGAUGUACUGUUUUUAAAGGGCUACAAGCAGACAAAGAAAAGUGUUAAAGUUGACGUUCAAGAGCCCGAGUGCAUCAGGAACAUCCUCAUUAACUCUACCAAGCACCUGGCGUCGCUUAAGUUUGAGGUUUGGAAGAAGAUGGUCAACAUUGUCCAAUAUGUUCCCAUCGCGAUGGAUCCAAACACAGCUCAGCCCAACUUGAAGCUCUCUGAGGAGUUGACCAUGGUACAAUACACCAAAAAACAGGAGCUGCCCCAAAACCCUGAGCGCUGCACCAGCCGCAUGUGUGUGCUCGGAGCAACUGGCUUCACCUCUGGAAAGCACAGCUGGACGGUAGAUGUCGGCCAGGCUAAAGACUGGUACGUCGGCGUGGCCCUGGAGUCGAUCAAAAGGAAGAGCACCGUCUUCCUCAACCCCGCUGAGGGCUUCUGGGUGAUUGGCCUGUGCAACGGGGACACGUUCUGGGCUCAGACCUCGCCUCGCACCAAGCUGGUGUUAAAGCAGAAGCCUGGGAGAAUAACGGUGGAGCUGGACUAUGACAAAGGAAGGGUGGUGUUCAUCAGCGACGACCUGUCAAUAAUCCACACAUUUAAAGACAGAUUUAAAGAGAGGAUUUUCCCCUACUUCUCCCCUGGACUGUAUGAGGAAGGGAGGAGCUCCAGCCCCCUGAAAAUCUGUCCUCUGACCAUAAAGGUGGAUGUAGGGUGAAAUGACCUACAGCUGAUUCACGACUCACAAUGGGCUUGAAGCUUUUUCCUGUUUGAGCCUAAACUUGUUAAACCACCUUCACUGGAAUUUCCCUGAGAUGAUUAAAAGUAUCUGCCUAACCUAAUCUAUUUCAGCAUGAAAUUACCACUGUAGAAGUUAACAGUAUAAUAUACAAAUAUUGUAUUUUAAGGCUAGAUCAUAAUUCAUUCACCAAGACAUGAACAUUUUCAAACAAGUAGUUUAUUCCAUAUAAUAACUUAACUGUCCUUCUCCUUGGUUUUUGAUUUCCUUUGUGUUGCCAUGUCCUUCAGUUUAGAGUCCAGUUUUCUCUGCAGGUACGCUUUCUUGUUGGGGUCCAUGGAUUUGUCUUUUUUUCCACUACCAGCAUAAAGGACACCUUCCUUGCUUAUUCUCAUCCGAGCAUGGGACUUGGCUUUGUCUCCGCAGCCGUGAACCUAUAAAGAGUUGGAUGAGAAUUAAGGGUUUUGGAGAGAACACAAAACCUCUUGACUUUUAUUCAUUGUCAGAAAUCAUGUUACAUAUCUAGUAAAAAACUCCCAUUAAAGAAAAACAAAUCAAACAUU